GUAUUGUUUAAAAAAAAGUCCGGCGAGCACACCUCAUAUUUUCUCAAAACCUCCCUUUUCUUUGUUUGAAAAUCAUCGAGAUCGCAAGAUUUUACAAACUCGGUGGAUUCGAUUACAACUCUACAUUUGCGCUCAACUUUCGCGUUGCUAAUUGCAAGUGUUGGUACAUUUGAGUGACCUGGUCUAUUCAUUCCUUACGCAGCCUAACAAUGGAAGUUUCUGAUAGUCUCAUCAAUAAGAUCUAUAAUUCUUUCUCUGCUGACGUACAUUUUGCAGCACCAAUAUCCUCUUUGAGUACCAAUGAAGUUGAGUUGGUGCGUGGCGUGUUACAAAUAUUACAAGGGUUCUCAAGUUCUCUAUUCUAUUGGGACAAGAAUAAGCAGAGUUAUCGUGUCAAAAGGGGGAUUUUUUUGAGUCACCUCUCUCGUUCAAGCCUUAAUGCAAUUCUUGGUCAAUUUGUUUAUUCUGCAACAUGUUUAAGGCUGGUAGAGUUAUUAGUUGAUAAGGUUGAGACAAGCAUCCAAUCGCCUAUGCCUACUCUGAGUGCGUUUACAAGCUGUGUCACUGCUUGGCUUAAAAGGCUACGUAAUAUAGCUUUGAAAGAGGAAAUAGGGAUAAGCAAGACUUCUGAAUCUGGAAGUACCCCAACUCUAUUGGGGUUGGCAAGUUCUUUAUCAAGUCUUUGUUCAGGGGCCGAGUAUUUAUUGCAAAUUGUGCGUGGAGCCAUCCCUGAUGUAUAUUUCAAACUUGAUCCUCGGGUCCCAGCUGCUGAAAUAUCUGUUCACGUUCUGAACCAUCUAUAUAAGCAACUAAAUGCCAUUUGUCUAGUAGAAGCGGGUCAGGAGGAUGCCUACAAAGCACUUCUAUAUUUAUUUGUUGGGAGCCUGUUGCCAUGCAUUCAAGGUCUUGAUUCGUGGCUUUUUGAGGGUAUCCUUAAUGAUCCUUUUGAAGAGAUGUUCUUCUAUGCAAACAAAGCUAUUGGAAUAGAUGAAGCUGAGUUUUGGGAGAAGAGCUAUGUAUUAAGAUCGAUAAAGUAUCAGAAAUUAGAUGAUUAUGCCACGGAAGUUAAAGCAGAUAAUCAAGAUGUGAUGGGAAGAAAACCAACCUCUGUCGGGGCUUAUGCAAAAGGAAAAGAGCAGGUUGGGAGAGACUUCCAAGCCUGUCCUUUAUUCAUUAAGGAUAUAGGAAAGGAAAUCAUUUCUGCUGGAAAGUCUUUGCAGCUGAUUCGACAUGCACCUAAGACACAUUCAGUGAACUCUGGCAGUAAUGAAGCAAUUAGCCAGAGCAAAUCUCAGUUUACCUUGUCAGAAGUAUUUUGUGUCUCAUUAGCAGCUCUAAUUGGCCAAGGUGAUCACAUAUCUGAAGACAUGUGGCAAGAUGACACAGUUGUUUCGUUGUUCCAAUCAUCUGUGGAAACACACAAAUCAGAGGAGACUGGUAAGAGCAUGUCAGGUGUAACAUGCUUAAAGAAGUUGCUGGUUGAUACAUCUCCAUGGAAAAGGGAGAAUGGCUUUAGGAAUAUGCAUAAUAUUGCUGGAGAUUCUACUGAUUGGGAGAGAGAGGAUACAUCCACAAGUUCUAUUGUGGAUGAUCUGCUUCUUAGAAGACCAUAUUGUCAUGAAAAUCCAGCUGUUACUGUUUGCCACAGGUCUCUUCACGAGAACAAAGAUUAUUGGAACACAUUAAAUUUAUCAAGAAAUUUUGCUCUUCCCCCUUUAAAUGAUGAAAGCUUAAGAGAGGCUAUCUUUGGGGAAAAAAAAAUGCCAUUUUCAUCCUCUGCAGGAACAAAUUAUGCUUUUGGUUUUCAUUUUGGUGAAUCUGAAUAUCUUCGUAAACAGGAAGAGCAAUAUAUAUUAGAACAACUGUUUCCAUUUCCAACUCUUCUGCCAUCCUUUAAGGAAGACCUUCAUGUGUCAGAGGUUUUACCUUUCCAGAGAAAUAGCACCUUAACUUCAAGAGUUCUUAGCUGGAUUCAAAGUGCUGAAUUAAAAGCUACUCCUCUUCCUGUGGUUAUUAUGCAGGAAUGCCUAGUUGUUUACAUGAAGAAGCAGGUAGAUAAGAUUGGCAGUCAUAUAUUGACAAAAUUAAUGCAUGAUUGGAGAUUGAUGGAUGAACUCGGACUUCUGCGUACUAUAUACUUGUUGGGUUCAGGUGAUCUUCUUCAGCACUUUUUAACAGUGAUUUUCAACAAAUUAGACAAAGGAGAAUCUUGGGAUGAUGAUUUUGAGCUGAACAUGGUAUUACAGGAAUCAAUUAGAAACUCUGCUGAUGGAAUGCUAUUAAGUGCACCAGAUGCAUUGGUUGUAUCCAUUACAAAAGAUAAUGGUGCUAAUGUCGAAGAGAAACUCAGUGCAUCUGCCCUUGUUUCAACACCUCGUAAGACUAAAGGGAACUUUGAUAUUGAUGGGCUUAAUUCAUUGAAAUUCACAUACAAGGUACCUUGGCCACUUGAACUAAUUGCUAAUACUGAAGCCCUAAAGAAGUAUAAUCAGGUGAUGAGCUUUUUGUUAAAGGUCAAGCGUGCAAAAUUUGUCCUGGAUAAAGCUCGAAGGUGGAUGUGGAAGGAUAGAAGCAGCACAACACUAACCCGGAAACGUCACUGGCUUGUGGAGCAAAAACUCCUCCAUUUUGUAGAUGCCUUCCACCAAUAUGUGAUGGAUAGAGUAUAUCACAGUGCAUGGCGUCAACUGUGCGAAGGUGUGUCUGCAGCUGGAUCUUUGGAUGAAGUCAUUGAAGUACAUGAAGCUUACUUAUUGUCAAUUCAACGCCAGUGCUUUGUUGUUCCAGACAAGCUGUGGGCUCUCAUUGCAAGUCGCAUUAACACAAUUCUCGGCUUAGCAUUGGACUUCUACUCCAUACAGCAAACACUAAGUAGUGGCGGAACAAUUUCAACCAUCAAAGCUAGAUGUGAAAUGGAAGUGGAUCGGAUAGAGAAACAGUUUGAUGACUGCAUAGCCUUCCUCCUCAGAGUCCUAUCUUUCAAGUUGAAUGUCGGGCAGUUUCCCCAUCUGGCAGAUCUGGUCACCAGAAUCAACUAUAACUACUUCUACAUGUCUGAUAGCGGUAACUUAGUUACAGCACCUGCUACUUCUAAGCUGGGAAAGUCAUUUCCAGUUAGAACCGGCUAAGAGGCAAAUACUGGUCAUUCGUGAUUAUUUAAAGCUCCCAAGUUGCUUAAUGGUAACUGUGGGAACGAGCAAGUUAUUCCUUACUGUAAAGCUCGAGAGUUGCUUGAUAGUAAUUGUGAAAAUUAGCAAGUUAUUAUCUUCUGUAACUGGUGUGCAUAUGUUGAAACUACUUGAGUUUUGUAUAUGACAUUUUCAGAUUAUACACGGCCUUUACUGCCUUGCUAGUGCAAUAGCCCAGGUGUUUUCUA